AUGAAGGGCCUUUACACUGCGCUCCUUGCUUUCACUGCUGUACAGGCUACACCAACUGGCAACAGCGACUCGAAAGCACUCAAUGCCCGGGCAGUCGACCUCAAGGUUCAGUACUACAAGGACGGCGGCUGCUCAGACUACGCUGUGUCGAUUUGGCCCGGUACUUCAAACAGCUGUUACGGAUACAGCUAUAGCAACACGAACAGCGCAAACAUUGUUACCUGUGGUGGUAGGGGUGUUGCUUGCACCUGCUACAUGUUUGAGCAGGAUAACUGUAAAGGAAGCUCUGUUCGGACAGUUGCUCUAUCAGGAUCAGGCUCCGCUUGCGUCAGCAACUGGGGUAAGGGCUACAGGUCCAUGAAGUGCUACACUACUCAGAUAGCCUAG